AAAAGUGAAUCAGGGAACUACAACAUGUCUACGUCAAUCACAUAUUGACAUCAUUUACUCAUGUGCUGCAUAUCUUUCAUUAACAUUCUAGUGUUUAGAUACAAUGGACUGUGCUGUGUGCUCGAUGAUAUUUGCCACUGAGAACAUCUUUGUGAAAAUGAUGUCUCUGUAGCGUUUUUCUUAGUUUACCAUAACUGUGAGUUGUACAGCAUCAUAAACAAAAGUGCGAUGGAAACUGAGUCGUCUGUAAAGUAUGUUUGUUGACGUACUGCGUACCUGUGGAUACGUGUAAAGAAGUUCGUCAUGUUUUUCACAGUUUUCAUAAGCUAAAAGCGGCAUCAACAUGUAUAGGAAAACGUGUAGUGUUGCAACGUUUAUGAACAAUGGAAGACAAUCUGAACGAAGACACCUGUAAACACACCAUAAAACCAAGAUACAUCCCUCCACAGAAUAUUGUCCACCGAUUAAGGAAGAGAGAAACAUUUGGAGCCGUUCAUCCGGGUACACAUUUCCACGUUGCUAGGGAAUUUCAUCAAAACGUUUUCCCCAAUUUCACAAUAAUAAAUGUUGAGAAACCACCUUGUUUUCUCCGAAAAUUCAGUCCAGAUGGCCAGUACUUCAUUGCUUUUUCAUCCGAUCAGACAUCGCUGGAAAUCUAUGAAUAUCAGGGAUGUUCAGCAGCUGCCGACCUCGUUCAGAACUGUAAGGGCGAAUAUAUUGGACACACCAGCGACCGAGAGAGUGAGUACAUACGAAGUUCAGUCUUCAGUCGUUUCUUUAAGAUCAAAUAUACCGUCAAUGUUGCGCAGAGUGGAGAGCAACUUAAUAGAGAGUGCAGCCUGUUUACCGACGAUGGUCGGUAUGUUAUUGUUGGUUCGGCAGCUUUUAUUCCAGACGAUUUGCGCCCUCAUUUUUAUGAAAUUUAUACUAAUAACGAAUCGGUGACACCAAACCCUCGCUCACCAUUGGAGGAUUACUCUCUUCAUCUAGUUGACAUUCAAGCUGGCCGUCUUUGUGAUACCAAAAUGUUUAAAGUUGAUAAAAUAUUCUUAUCUCACAAUCAGGGUUUGUACUUAUACAAAGAUACUUUAGCCGUACUCUCAGUACAGCAUCAGACAAUACAUAUUUUUCAGUUGUGUGACGGCAUGUUUAUAAGUGUGCGAACUAUAGGUCGUUUCUGUUAUGAGGAUGAUGACUUCAUUCUGUCACCAGUAUCGAACCCAGGACAGAAUUCUAUUAAUUACCGAGCCUUUAGAGAAAAAAGUAUAAACUGUAUGAAACACAGACUGUUGGUUUUCUUGUUCAAGAGAGCGAAGCAUAUUUCAGAUACAACCAAUGACCCGUAUGAACUACGGAAAUUUUAUCAGUACUUCGAUCAGUUUAGGGCACUCCGAAUGUGGAGGAUGCAGCUUCUGGAUGAGAAUCAUCUGCUUGUCAAGUAUGCAAGUGAAGAUAUUGUUACAUUAAAAGCAACAGAGGCCAAUGCUCAGUCAUCCUUUUUUGUGGUGUACAAUAUUGUUACCACUGAAGUUAUAGCUGUGUAUGAGAAUACAUCUGAAGAACUCCUUGAGCUGUUUGAAAACUUUUGUGAUUUAUUUCGAAAUGUAAAGUUACACUCGGAGUCACAAUUUACAUGCUCUCCAUCCAACAACAUAUAUGCAAGGGUGAUCCAGCAGCGUUGUAAGCAAACAUUUGUGAGUGCACGGUUUGGUGGUGUAACAGAGGCAACCAAACGAAUGUUAACACAACUACCAAUCAGCGCUCAGUCGUACAGCUGCUCUCCAUAUCUAGAUCUGUCACUCUUUAGUUAUGAUGAUAAAUGGGUCUCUGUUAUGGAGCGACCAAAAGCUUGUGGUGAACAUCCCAUCAGAUUUUAUGGACGUGACUCUGGUUUGCUGAAGUUCAGAAUUUAUGCUGGGGUACUUGGACGAAGUCCUCCUCCUGCAGCAAGGCGGCUUGUGGCAUUCACUUUCCAUCCGAGAGACCCAUUCGCCAUCAGUGUUCAGAGAACCAAUGCAGAAUAUGUUGUUAAUUUUCAUAUAAGGCAUGUAUGACAAAGAAGAAGAAUGAUCCACUCAACUAAAGGCACAGGCAGAUUUGCACACCCUGUCAUAGCUUCAUAAUAUGAAGUUACAUGAUGGAUAUGGAUGACAGAGUCCUUGUGAAACAAAAUUAAAAUUUUUACUGUUAUUUCAUUUCUCACCUAAACUAAAUAGUCUCAAAUUAAAUUUCAAUGUGGAACAUAAGAUUUGGUUUUCAAUGGUGUAUUUCAGGAAAUCUUAUGAGUAUGAAAUACUAGUGUAGUAUUUCAGUAUUGAUUCUCAUGUAUCAAAAUACAUCAGAACAACAUAUUGUUUCCACUUUACCAGUGAUAUGUUAUUUUGAGCCUGUUGUGUUAUAUUUAGACUGUAGUUUCAAUCUCCUAUGUUCUGCCUGUUUUUGUAAAAUAUGUUGAGACAACAUGAUUUGCAUUACAAGAACUGUAAAAUGAGGCAGCAUAUUUAAGUUCCUUUGAAAGGGAGCCGAAAAGGAGGAGAUCUCCAAAUGGAUAUGUUAAAGAUAGAAUAAAUGUAUAAGAGAACAAAUGCUUGAAUACUUUGUACUGUCACUUAUGUUUAUGUGUAUUUAUAAUUUUUUAAAUAGCAAAACAGGAUUCAGUUUCCACUAUGAGCAGUAACACGUAAUUCAAGCACCAGAAUAUGAUCAUAGUGUGAUUGCUCUGAUGACUGAUACAUAAUGGGCUCUACAGAUAGUUUCAUGACAAAGUCAGAUAUUCAGUGAUAUGUGCCAUUUGCAUUUUGUAAGUAGCCUUCUAAUACUUUUUGUAGCACUAAUUACAAUGCAAAAGGCUUUUUCUUAAAUAUAAAUUACAAUUUCUCGUUUAAAGCAUUGUGAUCAAUAUAAUAUUAGAAGGUGUGCAAACAGAUAAUGUCAUUGUUAGUGAAUUUGUACCUUAUUUACAAGUGCUGGCACUUGGAUAAAAACCCUAGAACCUAUUGUUAUUUAGCUGGUGCCAUUCCUACAGGCCUGCGUGUCAGUUUUCAUUAUCUUUGAACAUGAGUCAAGUAAGCUGCAUCGUAUACUACUCAACAUUUUCCCAUUUACAGCAGUUUCCUGUGACAUAAAAAGUUAUGUACAUACUCAUAGCUUCAGUAACACAGUUGAUGAGAGGCUUCAUUUUAAAGUGGUUAAGUUAUAUUGGGACAGUCAAAUACAUGUAACUGAAUUUUGUAAUAAGUUCAAUGCUUGUAACAAUUUUAUAUGUCAAUGCAGAAUUGAUUUUACAUUAUUUUUGUUCAAAAAUUUUGUGACGAUACCUAGCAUUAUCUGUUGUGAGAAUGAUGACUUUUUGUCUCAAUGACAAUUAAAUAUUUACUGGUAUCUUUAGACAUCCCUAGAUGGGAGAAAUAACUGUCAUUAACAUAUAUAGGUGUCAUUUUCCAAACAGAAUAAUGUGGACAGUGAAUGCUGUAGAGAUGUCUUUGCUAGCUCUCUGCCAUGGUCAUUAACCUUUAUGUAUCUGAAUUCCUUGACACCCACUAUUCAGACAUUGUUAUCUCUUGUCUAGGCAGAUCAGUCACUAACCAACAAACUGUUGUUAAACAACAUAAAUUUUUCAAAAGCUGUCUAACAUAAUGCCAGAAAGAAUAUUGAGAUUACAGUAACUUUAUUAUUUUUGUUUACAGCUCUGUUGGCCCAGGUGCAUUGGAACCAUCAAAAUAUUAUCCCAUAUUUGACACAUACACAGCUAUAAGUGUAUUUCUUUUUUUGCUAAUGGUUCGACACAGCAAUAUUUCCUUGAGUUUUUAUUGUUACUUUAUUAACCACAAUAAAUGACAAAGCCAAAAUACUUUGUGUGUGUGUGUGUGUGUGUGUGUGUGUGUGUGUGUGUGUGUGUGUGUGUGUGUGUGCGCGCGUGUGUGCGAAUAUUAGAGAAGCAAUCUUCACCUCACACUUUUUUGGGAAGAUCGGUGUGCAGAAAAUAGUGUGAUUGCAGUCCUAACUGUUUCCCCAGAAUAUGGUUUUCAACACUAAACCAUUUCAGCACUGUUCUGUUCAGUGCUAGGGCUCAAGGUUCAAGAGAUUCAACCUGUAUAAUAAGUGUCAAUGAGUUGAUUGACAUUGUAUAUGGUUCUUAGGUGUUAACAUGAAAUACAAAGCCUUCACUUACCACAUACAUGACACAAAGUGUCAUAGUUGUUAGGUAAAGAGCUAUGUUUCCUGUAUUUUGUAAACUAUGUUGGCUAAGACUUUUCCUAAUACUCUAUAUGGUAUUAAAUGUAUUCUGCCAUGUAAAUAUUUGUUCAUCGUUUCUGUUGUUAUGUACUUAAUGUUUCAUCACUGAUGAAUUUGUCAUCUUCUUUGAUCAUUUUUAAUUUUGAAAUUGAAGUGUAAAACACUGGUUUUGUGUACAUAAAACUUUUAUGAAAUGUAACUGAGGGUAACAAUAAUUCUGAAAGACUGUUUUAUACAUAAAUUUUCAUGAGCAGAAUGGUACUGACAAUAUGUAAAUUUGGAUUCUGCAGAGUAAUAGUUUUUGCUUUGGAAAUGUUUUCAUGCAGUGUUCAUCUGCGGCAAUAAAUAUUAUUCUCGUCUUUUCUUUAGGCUCUACACAGGGUUAUAUAUCACUCUUGGAAUGUGUUCACGUCAGUGAAGCUGUAAAAUUUGUGAUAUUUUUGUAACUAGCUGUUAUUUUGUGAUGACAUUUUUAUUGUUGUUGAAUUUGAUUAGACAUUUUGCUAUACCAUUGUACACUUCAGUGCAGAAAUCACUUACAUAUAAAUAUUUUAGAGUAACAUUUUCUUAAUUAUCUUUCUCAUUUUUAGACCUGUAAAUAAGUAAUUUUUGAAUUAUUUAGAAAUUUCUAUCGUGGGCAAAUUUCAGAUGAAGUGUGUUAUUUGUAAGAAGGUGUUACUAAAUUUGCUGAUGGAAUUUUGCAGCUAUUAAAUUAUAUUUUUGUGAUAAUGGGAACUGUUAAUUAUGUAAAUAUUGAUAAUUAUUUUCAAAAAUAUACUUUUCACUGAAAAUAAUUGUUGUUAUUUUUAAGUUAAGUCAGAGGUAUGAUACUGUUCUGUCAGAUGCCAUGCUAAAACGUCUCCAGUAAGCCCCUUAUUUGGCAGAGUAUCACACCAUAUUCCUACUAGAUUGUCCCAGUUAAGGGAACCAAAACUCCCUUUAGAGUUACUGACACUAUAUGU